AUGGCUACGGUUGACUACGCUGCUUUUCUUGCGGUUAUACUCAUUUUCCAAGCUUAUUCCGUCACCGCCAACUUCACUAUUCCGUUCCUUUCCCCUCUAAUAGGUAAUAAUAACCCUUGUGGAGAAAAUGUUUGUGGGAAGGGAAAUUGCGUGGUUUCGAGUAAUAGCACUUUUGGUUACGAGUGCGAAUGCGACUCUGGCUGGAAACAAGUUCUUGCAGAUGACGAUGAUGAUAACCUCAAGUUCUUGCCUUGCGUCAUUCCAAAUUGUACGUUAAACAACAAUUGCGAAAAUGCGCUUCCCCCAGCACCCGAUAAUCACAAAAAUGCUAGCUUCUCGUUUCUAGAUCCCUGCUUCUGGACUUACUGUGGGGGAGGUUCGUGUAAUAAGACCUCCAUAUUCACACACUCGUGCGAAUGUGAUGAGGGCUACUUCAAUUUGUUCAACUCCACUUCUUUUCCUUGCUACAAAGAAUGUGCACUUGGAUUGGAUUGUGCAAACCUUGGGCUCAACAUGAACAACUCAACAACUUCGAGGCCUGGUUCUAGCCAGAGUUCGGCUGAGGACAGUAACAGUCCUGGAUUGCGGUUGAUCCCGAGUCUCGAAUUUGAUUUGUUCAUUGCAUUGGGUACAACAUUGGCUCUAGUUGUAAGGAAGUAUGGUUAA